CUGAUGUUUGAGCCUGUUCAGCUGCAACAUCACAGGCUCAGUGUCACAUCAUUGUUAUUCAUAAACCCAGAGGAGGAGGAACAGGACAAAGAGGAGGAGGAGGAGUGUAUGAGGAGCUGAGCUGCAGGAGGAACAGACAGAGCGCUGCUCGAACAGAAACAGAGAAGUAGAAGAAGCUCUGAACUUUGAGAAGCCAAGCAAUGAAUCAGUCAGGAGCUGUGUCGUCUGUCGGCCUCCCAGCAGACAUUACUGCCCAGCUGAGCUCCCAGCAUCCUCAAGUGAUGUUUAGGACCCCUGAGGAGGAGGAAGAGGAGCAGGAGGAGAUAGAGCGGCCUCCUCCUCAUCGUCUCGGUAGACUGACCAUCAAAUACGACCGCAGAGAGCUGCAGAGGAGGCUGGACAUCGAGCAGUGGAUAGAGACAGAGCUGCAGCUGCUGUUCAACUGUGACCAGGAGGAAGAGGAGGUCCCUGAGCUGCACAUUGACAUAGACGAGCUGCUGGACGUGAGCGACUCUGACCAGAGAUCCAGACUGAACACACUUCUUCAGCAGUGUGAGAAACCUACAGAGGACUUUAUUAACGACCUGCUGAUCCGGAUCAGAGGCCUCCGCAGAAUGAAGAAGUGACGUCCUCAACAUGUGGCUCAGGGGCCACACUGGGGCCACACUGGGACUUCAGUCCUGGAACACUGGACUCUACUGGUUUAAUGGUUCCAUACCUGUGAGGUUAAUGUUUGUACAGUGGCCAUGGUGGAUCUUCAUCACUGAUCUGAUUCUCACUUCAUCAUCUUCACUACAUUAAUUACAUUGAUGAAUAAUAACAUGAUCACAGUUAUCUGUCAGAUUUAUUACUUUUGAUUAAAGUGAAAUAUACUUUAUAUUUUGUUUUGAUAACAUAUUUAUACACAUAUAUAAAAUCUCGUCUGAUAUGAUAUUGUCAUGACACUUAAGUCACUAGACAAAAUUAUUGUGAUUUUAAAUGUUUUCUGAUACGUUAGGAUAACGUCUACUGAAAUAUAUUGCGAUCUAUCUUUUUUUUCAACUGCAAAUUUUUUCCCCAAAGUUUUGUUUGGAUAUUGGGGUUGACACAUAUAAAACUUUACAUUUUGAUUUAAAUUCCAGCCUCAAACACAUAAUUUCCUGCUUUCUGGAUAAGUUUUUGCCUUUUAAGGUGGAAAUGUUUUUAAUUUUAUCAAAAUAAAAGGCUUUAUACAGUUUUCAUUAGAGGGUACAUGUGGUAAAUGUUGGACGGGGUGUGUCCCCUGUGUCUCUGCGCCUCUGCCUGA